AUGGAGAUGAGACAGCCUGGACCAGAACUGCAGGGAGGAGUUGAAGAUGUGAACUAUGUGCACCAAGGAGGAAAUAAUAGGAACUUCAACAACUAUCGCUCCAACCAAGGUGGUGGUAACUACAACAAUUAUGGUAACAAGGUGCAUCCCAAUCUCUCCUAUGGGAAUCCUAACAAUGUUCUGCAACCACCGCCAGGAUUCAUAGUGUCUAAUGGGUUGGUAGAACAACAGAAAAAGCCUACUACUGAAGAUAUCUUGGCAGCAUUCAUGAAUCAGACUACCAAGUACAUGGAGAAAACUGACAAGUACAUGGAGAGCACCAGUCAAAGGUUGGGGAAGGUUGAAAACGACAUGCAAAGCUUGAAUGUGCAUAUGAAGAGCAUUGAUACUCAGAUUAGUCAAAUUUCUCAAGCUGUAGGUGUCCAACAUCAGCCAGGGCAAUUUCCAGCACAGACCAUAAACAAUCCCAAAGACUGCAAGGCCAUACACUUGAGAGGUGGUAAAAGCUAUGAAGGACCUUCCAUGCCUGUAGAGGAAAAUAAGAGUACUCCAGAGGAAGAUGUCAGAGCAGAAGAGAAUUCCAAGGGAAAGAAUAAGGUGGACAUUCAGACCAAGAAAGACGCAAUGCCAGAAAAGUUGCCUCCUCCUUCCAUUCCUACGACAGUUAGAGUGCCCUUCCCAUUUGAGGUGAAGGAGAAGAAGUUGGAUGAGCAAUUCUCCAAAUUUCUCGAUAAUUUUAGGAAGGUGAACAUUAAUAUACCAUUGGUGGAAGCUCUGCAAGAGAUGCCUACGUAUGCAAAGUUCCUAAAAGAUGUGCUCUCCAAGAAGAAGAAGUGGAUUGAUUAUGAGAUGGUGAACAUAUCUGAAAAUUGUAGUGCGAUAAUUCAAAAGAAGCUACCUGCCAAGCUUAAAGAUCCUGGGAGUUUCAAUAUCUCAUGCGUUAUUGGAAAUGACAGACAGACAAAGGCACUGUGUGAUCUGGGGGCGAGCAUAAAUUUGAUGCCAUUAUCAUUUUUCAGAAAGAUGAAGAUCGGCACUCUCAAGCCGACUACAAUCACACUGCAGAUGGCAGAUAGAUCAAUCACCUAUCAUAAAGGAAUUGUUGAGGAUGUUCUGGUGAAGGUACAUGACUUCAUAUUUCCCGUCGAUUUUGUAGUGUUGGAUAUGGAGGAAGACAUGAAUGUGCCGCUUAUCCUAGGGCGCCCAUUCCUAGCAACGGGAAAAGCAUUAAUAGAUAUAGCAAAGGGAGAGCUCACUCUUCGUAUGGGCAACAAACGACACAUUUUGUCUAUCUAUAAUGCUAUGAAGACUCGUGAAGACGAGGAACUUAUUAUGAAGAUGGAGUGCAAAGCGGUGCAUGUUGUAGAGGUCCAAAAGACACAAGCAAUUGAGUCCACAUUGGGGGAUUUUUCAUUGCCGCGGUGGAUGUUUGGUUCAUGUGGUGGAUCAAUUUCUAAAGAAGAGACUGCAUCAAAUCCUAAAGUGAAGGAGAAGAAAACAAAAGCUUAA